CAAUUCGAGCUGUUUACGUUACUUUGCCUAAGUACUUUAUGGUCCAUCGAAAAAUUAUCUAUAAAAUACUACUGAUAAUGAAAUGACCUUCAUUAGCUCUUAAAUCAUACUGACACUAAAGCACAAGUAUAUUUAAACCUGAUAUUAUAGUUGUAGGAUUAUUUACUUUUCAAUUACCUUAUGUGUAAUCGGUUCAAUGUACACUUAUACAUUAUUUUACUCUUCAACUGCCGCAUUCACUUCGUUAAAGGACAAUUAUAUCACUGCGCGGUAUUGACUUAUUCUGAGUGUGAUAUGUGUAAAAUGUAAAAAUACUUAAAAGCAAUGUAUCUGUAGUUAUAAUACUAAGACAUAGUAAAUAAAUGUCUGUGCAUUCUCAUGUGAAACGACAAUUAAUGUGACUUAGUGGAAACCAUUAUUUAAAAUGGAUGGAUUACAUGAAGAUGAAAAGUGCAUUUUGAUGAUUAAAGAUGGUCCGAUAUGCGGGUAUAUAGAGAGAAACGAAGAAGGAACAUACUACAAGUUUAAAAAAAUACCAUAUGCCAAGCCACCUUUGGGCAACCUCAGAUUUACACCACCAUCGCCGGCGACGCCAUGGACAGAUUUACUUGACUGCACCCAAGAGGCUCCGUUACCUUUAAGUCUAAAUGAAGAGAAGGGCAAAUAUGGCUCGGAAGACUGUUUAUACAUGGAAGUGAACUCCCCGAACAUAACACCAAAUAAACCCAUGCCAGUCAUGUUCUGGAUUGGUAGUUGUAACUAUGCUUACUAUAUUGAUCAGUUGUACGAUUCCACAUCAAUCGUGAAUGAAAGUGUUGUGUUUGUUAGAUGCGGUUUCAGAUUGGGACCGAUGGGUUUUCUUUCUAUAAACGAGUUUAGUGCUCCCGGUAACAUUGGAUUGAAGGAUAUAGUCAUGGCCCUGAAGUGGACUCAAACUAAUAUCAGCGUAUUUGGUGGAGAUCCGAAUAAUGUUACGAUAUUUGGUUCGAGCACGGGCGGUGCCACAGUACACUAUAUGAUGAUAUCACCAAUGGCCGUUGGAUUGUUCCAUAAAGCCAUAAUGCAGAGUUCCACAGCCCUCAAUAAAUUUUCCUUAAAUAAGAACCCAACUCAAGCUGCUAUUGACCUAGCUGAAAAAUUAGGUAUAACGACUGCAAACAAAUUUGACAUGGUCGACGAACUGAAAAAAGUACCUGCCCGCGAUAUAAUGGAAGCGUACAAAAAAAUAUCAGAUAAAUCAAUAUCUAACGACGAUGGUAAACUUUUUGACGUUCUGUUUAGGCCUUGCGUAGAAAAAGAAUUUGAAGGUAUGCCGACAUUUCUCAGCAAAACCCCCAGCCAAAUCCUAAAAUCUGGUACCUUUAACAAGGUCCCUAUCAUAAUCGGAUGCAACAACAUCGAAGCCUCCGUCAUCCAGAAUAUUAAAACAAAUUUCUAUGAAGAUUUCGAGAAAUUCAAUGAGGAUGUGUCGUUGCUCGUUCCAAAAUCGAUAGCAUUUAACGAAAAACUCACAAAGACUAUCGGCGAACAACUAUUAAAUUUCUACUUUAACGGUAACGGCGUUUUAAACGAACAUACAAGGACACAGUAUCUGCAACUCCUUAGCGAUUUUUAUUUCUUGUAUUAUUUGUAUGAUACCGUGCGGCUACAGUACAAAUACGCACCAGAGUGCCCAAUCUAUUACUACAUUCUAAACUAUGCUGGUGAAUGGGAUGUCCCUAAAGAAUUGAACUUUUUGAAUUCCAUAGGACAUUGCGGGGAAGUAUCCUUCCUAUUCCGAAUUAUAAUGCCAAAUAAACAAUUCUGUCGCGGCAGUCGCGAUUCUAUUACAACCAGAAACAGAGUUGUAAGACUUUGGACAAAUUUCGCCAAGUAUGGUAACCCAACGCCCGACGAGAAUGAUGCAUUGCUGCAAAUAACAUGGGAUCCAGUUGAGAACGAGGAAAAACUAAAUUAUCUUAGCAUUGGUUCCGAACUCACUAAAGGCAGGAAUCCAUAUUAUGAAAGAAUGAAAUUUUGGGACAAACUUCACGAACAGCAUGCAUUAUUAAAAACAAUACUUUAUUUCAUUGACAAGGGCGUGCAAAUUUAAGUGAGUUAUCUAAGAAUAUUCACUAUAACCGAGGAAAACACUUAGCGUUAUUAAAAAUUGUUUUUUUACGUUAUCUAACAGUUUCCUUAAAAAUCCUACGUUGUGUUGAAUAAAAAAAUCAUUUACAUAAUUAUUCAUAGCAAAAAGAAAUAUGUGCUCCGAUUAAAUUCCACUGAUUCUUUACUUCUUAAAUUAAAUUUAUUUAUACUAAUAUUCUUUUGGUAUUUAUGACAUGUAGAUUAAAUCUUAAUUUAAAAUAUAGCUAUAUGAUUAUUAUAAGUUUGUAUCGUCACAUUACUUACGAAGCGUUUACAGUUUAUCACUUCUUAAUCUUCUCACAUAUAAUAUUACAUCAGGUUAUUAAACGAGAAACGGAAAAAACUUAUGUACUGUCAUGUUGCGAACUUAGAAUAAGCCUUCAGAUUAGUUGUGACAGUAUUCCUACAUUCAAACCACCAUUCGUCAAAACAAGUGAAAGAAUACAUUAUGAUAUUUUUUUUAUUUGUUUAUAUGCCAAAGACAAGAUGAUUUUAUUAAAUUUAUGACCUUCCAGAGAUUAUUUUUUCAUCCUUGAUUAAAAUAAAGAUUGAGAAUUAUUGAAACAUAUUUUUAUGCAACAGAUAUUUAAAAUAUAUUUCUUUACUAAUCUUUAACCACGCUAGUGAUGUCAGUAUUUUCGUAAUAACGUAUAGGAAUGUUUCAAUAAAUAUGAUCGAUUUUAUUCUAAUACAUUAUUAAAUUAUUCAUAUAAAACAGAAUCUGAUCAAGGGACAUACGAAAAAUAUACCUAGAAAAUAUAUUAACUAAAAGACAUUAUAUAAUAACUGUAUACAGACAGUUUGUUAUAAAUUUUAAAAUUAUCUAAAUAUCAAUUGUUACAUAAUGGAAAAUAAAAUUGCUAUUUCAUUGGGAA